AUGUCAGACUUUGAAGAUGAGAUGGACGUCGACGCCCCCGCCACGUCCAAGGACGUGAUUUUCUCCUCGGAAGCUACCAAGGGCAAGCGAAGUACAGCAAACCUUCCAGUCGAAGCCGAAGACAGUUUACCAUGGAUCGAAAAAUACCGACCCGUAACCCUCGACGACGUCUCCGGCCACCAAGAUAUCCUCGCCACCAUCAACAAAUUCGUCGACUCCAACCGCCUCCCUCACCUGCUCCUCUACGGACCCCCGGGGACGGGGAAGACGUCGACAAUCCUAGCCCUCGCUCGGCGCAUCUACGGGGCCGCCAACAUGCGCCAAAUGGUGCUGGAGCUCAACGCCUCGGACGACCGAGGCAUCGACGUGGUCCGCGAGCAAAUCAAGACCUUUGCCAGUACCAAGCAAAUCUUUACCAUGGGUGCCUCGGCAAAGUCCUCGAUUGCCGGGUUCAAGCUGAUUAUCCUGGACGAGGCGGAUGCCAUGACCAACACGGCGCAGAUGGCGCUGCGACGAAUCAUGGAGAAGUACACUGUCAAUACGAGAUUCUGCAUCAUUGCGAAUUACUCGCACAAGCUGAGUCCCGCGCUUCUCAGUAGGUGUACGAGGUUUAGAUUCAGCCCGCUCAAGGAGGGGGACAUUCGGGUCCUGGUGGAAAAGGUCGUUGAGGAGGAGAAUGUGCAGAUCGGCGGGGAGGCGGUGGACGCGCUGGUCAAACUCAGCAAGGGUGAUAUGAGAAGGGCGUUGAAUGUGCUGCAGGCUUGCCAUGCUUCAAGUACACCUCUUCGGGCGAAGAAUGCGCCCAAGAUUCCAGAGAGCGAGAUCAAGCGCGAUAUGAUUACGACGGAGACGAUAUACAACUGUAUUGCGGCACCACCGCCAGAUGCUAUCAAGGAGAUUGUGACGACGCUGUUGAAUACGUCGGAUGUGAUGAGCUGUCUGAGCACGAUGAAUGCCCUCAAGGUGACGAGGGGCGUGGCGCUGGCAGACAUCAUUACGGCGCUAUCGGAGGAAUUGGCCAAGCUGGAGGUUAGCCCGGAGGUGAUGAUUUCGUGGUUGGAUGGGUUGGCGGAUGUUGAGCAUAGAGUUGCGGGUGGCGGUAGUGAGACGGUGCAGACUGGUGCUGUUGUCGGGGUCGUGAGGAGGGGUGUCGAGCUGACGGGGAGAUGA